UGAAUGUCCGCGUGAACGAGCUCCCAGAUGACGUGAGUUCCGGUCUGUAUUUUGUUGUGUUUUUGUUUGGUUUUCUUCAACAAACAGAAAACGUCAACACACGCAUGCCAGGUGGUUGUGUAGGUUCAUGCACUUUGUUCGAACACACACAGACUCCGCCUCGGCCAGUCGCGUCUUCCCCCGAUGACAACAAACAUCCAGCUAACUGCUAAGCUAAGCUAACGCUGACACACGACAGCCAGUUAGCUUAGCAGCCGCUGACACAGGAGGUGAAGCGUCGGGCUGCUUUUCAUGGUGCUCUCAGUUCAAUGGGGAACUGUCUGUUUGGCCAGGGAGCGGACGACCUGUCGCUGCUGAACGAGUCGGAGGGAGGCAGUCUGCCCGGGGAGCCUCCGCCGCCCUACGAGGAGCGCACCCAAACGGGGCCAGUGUACCAUCCCAACCCGGGCGAGAGUCGCCUGGCCAGCCAGCUGACCGAGGAGGAGCAGAUCCGCAUCGCCCAGCGCAUCGGCCUCAUCCAGCACCUGCCCAGGGGCGUCUUCCACCUGGGCUCCGACCCCUCUGACAAGAAGGUUAAAGAGUGCGUGAUCUGCAUGUUGGAUUUUGAGUAUGGCGAUCCCAUCCGGUUCUUGCCCUGCCUUCACAUCUACCACGUGGACUGCAUCGAUCCCUGGAUGAUGCGCUCCUUCACCUGCCCCUCCUGCAUGGAGCCGGUAGACGCAGCCCUGCUGUCCUCCUAUGAAACCAACUGAGCGGCCCCCUUGUGGCUGCUCCUGCCUAAAAGUAACUGCACCUAUUAUUAGCCAAAACUGUGCUGUAGCUGUUCAGACAGGUUGCCAAGGCGAUGCGGCAUUAUGCAGAUGUGUGAAGGGGCGUGGUAGGAUGCAGCCAGAUGUGGAAAACUGUUCCCUGCAGAUCGUUGCAGAGGUCUGACUCUUUGCCUUUUAAAAGUCGGCCAAAGUGCCAAAUCAAGCUAGAUGAACACGAUGAAACGCUUCACCAGUAGCAAAACAUUAAUGCAAAGUAAUUUCACUUUUGUAUGACCGUCAAUGCAUUUUUAAUGAGUGGAUUCUUAUUUUAAUUAACUAUACAUCACCAAUGUCAUUGACUUCCCCCUUUCAAGACAUGAAGUGCAAUAUGUUAUAUCAAAGGAGAGAAUGCAGAACGUGUGUCUCACACCAGAAUAUGAAUGAGAAGAUGACUGGGAGUAAAUGUGUUUUUCAAAUGAACCCAUGGCCUUGAAUGUAACUGAACACACACGCCUCUCUACUGGAAUGUAAUCAGAAAAAAACACACAAAAAGUUUCUCUGAACAAAGAUAUGUUAAGAUAAAUCAUCCAUGAGCAUCAGCAUUUCAGCCUUUGAACACUUCUGAAGAUUGUUUCUCUUUUGGGUUUGUUCUCUCAGUAUAACUGUAGCUUUGACUUUGAUGCUGCUGUUAUAGAUGUGUGAAUCUGUUUUGUUGUUUUAUUCCACAAUGUGGACCCUGUCCUUUGUGCUUUGCCUCGGGUUUGUGCACUUGGUUCUGUUAUAAAAAAUGUUUUCAAAGUUUACUGUCAAUAUCUAAGUGACAUUUGCAAAGACUAGAUAUGGGCAGUAUUAGUAUCAGAUGUGUGUCCUCUCUCUGAUACUAACUGCGUAAGCUAAAGCACAAACUAGCGAGCUGGUGAGAGAGAAGGACAGGGAUGCAUCCUGAAUGUGAACCUGUAUUUCAGCUUUUUAAAGUUUUAGACAGUCAAAGAGACAAUAAGAGGAUAGGUCUGAUUUCCUCAGGCUGCUGUGCCUUCGAAGGCGGAGCUAAGCUAACUCCAUUGAAGUACAAUCAUUUCUGACAUGACUGGUUUUUCAUUCCUCAGUCUGGAGACAGACACCAGCACUGCACUGAUUUAACAUCACUGUCAAACAGGCCGAGGAGGAAGCCACAAGUUGUGACUGGCUGACGUUAACAAUCAUUUUUGUGUUUAAAUUUAUAAUGUGUGCUACCAGCUCAUAGGUUUUAGGAAAAACAUGAUGAAGUGGAAACCAAACUUUUACACAAGGACAACGUGCUGUUUCUUAAAUAUGAAUUAAAAAGGAAAGGGUCCCUGAGGAGAAAGAGAGAAUGGUUUCUUUUUAUUUGGCCAAAUAAUAUUUUCCUUUUACCUUAUUCAGAUGCCAGCAUACAUUGAUUGUGACCCCACAUAAUCACACAACAUGUGGAACACUGUGUAGUGACUCCAGCUUCCACAGGUUAUCACGAUUAGGGCUGUGACUUACCAUUCCUCACCUAUUGUAGCAUUUUACUGUACAGUAAGAACUGGACAAAACUGUAUUUACAGAUCAAUCCUGGAUAUAAUGUUGUAUUUGACUCCAUGGGUAAUAAAGCUUUUCCUAAUACUGA